AUGAUGCGAUCGUCACUUGGCCCGGGAGCGUUUUUGGAUGCCCUUUCAGCAGUGAAAACCUUGCGUUUGUUUUCAAAAAAGAAGCAAGAAGUGGACUAUGAUCCUGGAAAGGACACGAAGAAACUGUCUAAGAGAUCAGAGAGUCGAUUUUUUCGGUUGCCGAAGAGUAGGAAGCGCGCGAAAGUACAGUUUGAGGACAACGAGGAAGAGGCGCUAACCGAGUCUCCCGAAAUAGCGACGACAUUGAGGAAAAAAAGCAAGGAGCUCCACCAGAAGCUCGAAGCGACGGGCUACUCUACUUUAGAGCGGAUAAAAAAUGCGCGAAAAAGAAGCAGAUCGGUUGACUCAGUCGUUAGUAAAGAGUCAAAUGAAGCGAUGACUCUUGGUCGCAGUCGUCCCUCUACGGGAAUGUUCAAAUUCGCGAGAACGCUCGGCGACAUCCCAGCGGCGAUCUCGUCAUCAGUCGACGGAAAAUCACCAGCGCGAAAGCUAGUCACGAGGACGAGCACAACAAAACUCAAAAUUUUACGAAAGAAUGAGCUCUCCUUGGCGAUAAGCAAAUUCGCAAAAAAACGUUGCUCAACAACACGACUCGAUGAGGAUGAGGAACUGUUCAACCCUUGUCCACUAAAGAAGAUGUCGAACACUUCGCUUUCUUGUCAGCAUUUAAACUGCUCAUACGCGUCUACUGAUGGAGGUGUCUCAUCAGGAGGCGCUACCACCGGCGACUCCGGUGGUGGAGACUCUCCAACAUUGCUCCGAGCGUUUUCGUUGUUGUCGAUCGACGACGGCAUUCACAUGUCCGUAUAUCGAGAAGAAACCACUGCAGAGCCUUCGACUGAAACUAUCAUCUAA